AUGGCCGCCAACAGCAGGGCCGACGACUCCGGCGCGCAUAUUUCUCCUCUGCCACCGACGACCACGGAAGCAGACGACGAUGACGACAGCACGCCCAGCAAGGUCGACGACUGGCUUGCAGAUACCGCCGGCGCCCACGACAAACCUGAUGUCAACCGUGAGCAGCCUAAGGCGACAACAAUGGUUAUCGGGGGUAUCGUGGCGCUGGCCGUUCUUGUUGGGGUGGUGAUUUUGGGUGCGGGCGGCGGCAAAGUUGAUGGGAAAAGGUCGGCUCAUACGGAUUGA